AUGCAGCCCUUGAUCCUGUACACGGCGCAGACGCCCAACGGCGUCAAGGUGUCCAACUUCACCGAGGAGCUCAAGGAGGCCUACCCGGACUUUGCCGUCACCUACCGCGCCAUCUCGUUUGGCAAGAACGAGCAGAAGGAGGAGUGGUUCCUCAAGAUCAACCCCAACGGCCGCAUCCCCGCCCUCGUCGACCCCAACCGCAACAACUUUGCCGUCUUCGAGACCGCCUCCAUCAUCCUCUACCUCGAAAAACACUACGACCCGCGCCACCUCUUUAGCUGGUCCGACUCCGAAGACGGCGGCGUCGACCGCCGCAGCGAGGUCCUCAACUGGAUGUUCUUCAUCCACGGAGGCCUAGGGCCUAUGCAAGGACAAGCUAACCAUUUCGUGAGGUACGCGCCCGAGCAGAUCGAGUACGCCAAGGACCGGUACGUGAACGAGACCAAGCGUCUCUAUCGCGUGCUGGACCGGCGCCUCAAGGACCACGACUGGCUCGUCGGCGACAAGUACAGCAUCGCCGACAUCAACGCCUACCCCUGGCUCCAGUACUACCGCUGGGCGGGCAUUCGCGACGAAGAGGUGCCCCAGAGCGUGCGCGAUUACAUCGAGCGAAACUAUGCGCGUCCCGCUGUCCAGCGUGGCAUGAGGGAGCCCGGUGGAAGCAACGAGUGGCUCGACAAGAUGCGCAGCCCCGAGUUCUGGACGACGCACCUCGAGGAGGCCAACCAGAAAGCAAAGGAGGCAUCGGCCUGGGUCCUGCAGGGCAUGCAGAACGACAAGAACCGCGCCUCAAAGGCCUAG